AUGGCUUCACUUAAAAUUAUUUUUUCAUUUUCGGCGGUCGUGUUUUUGUUGUGUGUUCGUUCUAAAGCAAGAGAGUUUGUAAUAGACGGUGAAGAUUAUUUAUGGGCAGUUCCAUCUUCUGUUGACGAGUUCAACAAAUGGGCUGAGAAAACUCGUUUUCAGAUUGGGGAUUCUUUAGUUUUGAAGUAUGAUUCCAAGAUUGAUUCAGUGCUGGAAGUGACCGAGGAAGACUACAAAAUCUGCAACAACGCCAAUCCAACAAAAUCACACCAUGAUGGAGAAACUACAAUUUCACUAGAAAAAUCAGCCACCAAUCUACAGUGCAACACCUUCUCCUAA